CGGAGCCGUUCUGUCCUCUAAGCACGUCCGCGCUCGUUGGUCGCCGCUCUCAGGCGGCUGGUUUCCGGUGUCGGCCCCUCCGGUGCAGACCCCCACCGCCGUCAUGAGCAGCGGACAGACCGCGGUCAUUCAGGUGACCAACCUGUCCGCCUCCGUCACCAGCGAGCAGAUGCGGACGCUCUUUUCUUUCCUGGGAGACGUGGAAGAGCUGCGGCUUUACCCACCCGACAAUGCGCCCCUUGCUUUUUCUUCCAAAGUGUGUUAUAUUAAGUUUCGUGAACCAUCCAGUGUCGGCGUAGCCCAGCAUCUAACCAACACGGUUUUUAUUGACAGAGCCCUUAUAGUUGUACCAUGUGCAGAAGGUAAAAUACCUGAAGAAGCCAAGGCCCUUUCUCUCUUGGCACCAGCUCCAACAUUAUCCAGCCUGCUUCCUGGUGCAGGUCUGCUUCCUAUACCUACUCCUACACCUACUCCAUCUCCACUAGCAUCUGUCCUGCGACGAGAGAAAGUGGAUGUACCACUGCUCAGUGUCCCAUUCACCACACUGGCAGCAACGUUAACAACACCACUGGAACCAGUUCUUCCAGCUCUUGCACCAGUUCUUCCAGCUCUCUCACCUGCCAUAUCUACACUUGCUGAACUGCAACAACCACAUUUAGUUGGAAAUGUUGACCCUACAAAGGUUGAUGAAAUUCGGAGAACGAUUUAUGUUGGAAACUUAAAUUCCCAGACGACUACAGCAGAGCAGCUACUUGAAUUUUUUAAACAAGUAGGAGAUGUUAGAUUUGUCCGUAUGGCUGGGGAUGAGACGCAGCCAACGCGAUUUGCCUUUGUGGAAUUUUCUGACCAGAAUUCUGUUUUGAGGGCCCUAUCGUUCAAUGGAGUUAUGUUUGGUGAUAGACCUCUGAAAAUAAAUCACUCCAAUAAUGCUAUUGUAAAGCCUCCUGAGCUGACGCCUCAAGCUGCUGCAAAAGAACUAGAAGAAGUGAUGAAGCGUGUACGAGAAGCCCAGUCAUUGAUCUCAGAGGCCAUAGAACCAGAAACUGGCAAACCAAUUGAAAAGAUACAGAAGCUCUCCAGAACACGAUCCCGUUCUCGCUCCAAGUCCAGAUCAAGAUGGAAAAGGUCACUCUCAAAGCAUAGCAGGUCCCAAAACCGUUCCCAAUCUAGGCAUAAAGAACGCAGGAGAUCAAAAAGUCCUCAUAAGAAGUCUUCUAGAUCAAGAGACAGACGCAGGUCCAAAAGCCGAUCACGUUCAAGGGAGAAGAAAAGAGACAAAGAAAGAAGCAAAACUAGGGAAAAAGAAAGAACAAAAGAUAAAAAUGAUAGAAGGAAGAAGGAAAAACAGUCUAGGAGCCCCACAAAGACCCACUCCUCUGCCAGGAAGUCUGGCAGUGUUAGCAGGGAAAGACGUAAAAGGAGAAGUCGAAGUCUUUCCAAAUCCCCUAAAAGUUCCAAAUAUGUGAAGAGGGUUUCUAGGUCUCCUUCACCCAGAAGUAAAAAUAGAAAGGAAAAGAAAAAGGGGAAAGAAAGGGAUCACAGCGGAGAUAGAAGAGAGAGCGAUCGUUCCACAUCUAAGAAAAAUAGCAAUAAAGACAAAGAAAUGAGAGAAUCAUAUGAUAAGUACAAGAUAAGGGAAAAGAAUAGCAUAAAGGAUGACUUAAAGGAUAUUGUGAGUGAAGAAGCCAAUGAUGAAAAUGUUGAUGAUGAAGGGGACAAUCGGUACAAUGGGAACUGUACAAUAAACGAGUACAGUAAGUCACGGAAAACAGAAGUGGCUUAAGCUUAGCCAAGACUCCUGGAUCUUCAGUGAACUCACAGCCAAAAUUCUAGAUGCAUUCAUCUGAUUCCACAAUGAACAUGAUGUGGGCAUUAUGUGGUGUCUAAUAGAACUCUAAUGGAAUCUAUUUCUUUUUUUUUUAUAUAUAUAUGUUUCACUUCCGUGUUGGUUAGUAUAUGGUCCAGUUGCCUAUGAAAAUCAUUUUAAACCUGAAUUAUUUCCAUCAAGCACCGAUUUUUUUUUUUCUACAUAUAUCAGAAAGAUAGAAAGAUGUAAAGGUAAUCACUGCCAGUAACACAAAAUGUACAUUUAUUUUUAACAUUACACUGGGUGUACAGCGGGGGGCGAUGCUCAUAACUGUAUGCUGGGUAUUUUUUUUUACAUGUCAAAUUUUCCCUGUAAACUCUGAAACUGUAAAUGAUGACCAGUAACUGUUCUCUCCACGGUUUUACUACUAAAAAUGCAACGUAUACAACAUACUUUUACACUACAUUGUUACCUGCAAUACAACGGUUUUGUAUAUGCACCGGAUUGUCAUUUUCUUGUUACAUUUCAAAUUUUCUAUUGAUGUCCUUCACUCUCUUAUUAGAUGGUCUCAUCGUUUUACUCCACAGUGGCAAAACUGGAGCCUGCUGUAGAUUCCAGGUCACGUAAGUUUUGAGCACCAUUCUGCUGGACUGAGAAAGUUGUGGUGCUGUUUUUUUUUUUUUGCCCCCAUUACAUUAGAGCAGUGCUUCUCAACCUGUGUACUUCUAGCUGUUGCAAAAAUACAACUCCCAGCAUGGUAGAGGCACAUGGGUUGGAGAACUGCGUUAGAGCACAAAGUAAAACUUCAGUGCCUUGUAACAGUGUGGCAUGUUGUUUUACAUGACUGCUUCUUCAAGGGACAUUGCACACCUAGAACUCAUAAACUAAAAAAAAUAUCCUUCAAUAAACAGUUUUUUUUUUAUUUUUCUGUUGUGGUCAUUGCUCAUAAUAAUUAAGGAUUUUCCUUUGCAGCAAUAACAUGUAAGCAUAUUGUAUUUUCACACUGGUAAAGAGGUAGAAUGUAUAAGUCGCUGUUAGUAGAACCUCAGCAGAAUUUCACAGGAUAAUUUCCUUGUUUUCUCUCAAUAUAUGCUGUGGUUGUGUCUGCAAGUAGAUUACAGGAAUAAUUUAACUCCUUAACGCCGACUCCCGCGAUAUAACGGGUCGGUCCCGAUGGCCAUCAGCGGCCGGGACCCGCGGCUAAUACCGGACAUCAUCGAUAGCGGGGAUGCCCAGUAUUAACCUUUCAUACAUGGCGAUCAAAGUUUACCGCCGCAUCUGAAGUGAAACCGAAAGCAUUCCGGCAGCUGUUCGGGACCGCCGCGGUGAAAUCGCAGCAUCCCACAGCUUGCAGGACACCAAGAGGGAUC